UUCUCUUGCUCUUUCUUUUUGCUGUUCAAGUGAGCGCGUGGCACGUUGUUUCGCAGUGUUCCCGGUCCGGUGCAGUUGUAGUUGCAUAUACGCCAACGAUUUAGACGCCUUUCGAUUCCCCAAAAUCCAAUAAACAUGAAGAUCUACAAGGACAUCAUCACCGGUGACGAGAUGUUCGCCGACACCUACAAGAUGAAGCUGGUGGACGACGUGAUCUAUGAAGUGUACGGAAAGCUGAUCACCCGCCAAGGUGACGAUAUCGUUCUGGCCGGCGCUAACGCCUCCGCUGAGGAAGCCGACGAGGGCACCGAAAUCACAUCGGAGACUGGCGUUGAUGUUGUGCUAAACCACCGACUUCAGGAGUGCUUUGCUUUCGGCGACAAGAAGUCCUACACCCUCUAUCUAAAAGAUUAUAUGAAGAAGGUGUUGGCCAAGUUGGAGGAGAAGUCGCCUGACCAGGUAGAUGUCUUUAAGACCAAUAUGAACAAGGCCAUGAAGGACAUCCUCGGUCGUUUUAAGGAACUGCAGUUCUUCACCGGCGAAUCCAUGGACUGUGACGGCAUGGUGGCCCUAGUGGAAUACCGCGAAAUUAAUGGGGAUAGCGUUCCCGUGCUCAUGUUCUUCAAGCACGGUCUGGAGGAGGAAAAAUGCUAGAUGUGUCAUCAUCCCGCACCCCUCCCUAACGGAUCCUAUACUCAUGCAUACCUUCUACAUAUUUAUCAGAUGCUUAGUUACAAUUUUGAAAGUCUUAAAUUUAUGUUAAACGCUGACAAAAUGCCUGUCCCUCGAUCUGUGCGAUUUUAUUUCUAAUUUUUUGGCCGGAGCACUCAUAAAUUCGACGAAAUGUAUGUUUAUUGUUUAAUCACACCAAUCUAAACAACUGAAUUGCCCCAACUAUUGUAAUUAAAAUAAUAUUUUGAUAGCAACACCUUA